AUGGCGCGACGGCCUCCCAAUCUCUUCGAAUCUUCUUCAAUGGGAGGUGAAAACGCAUCGAGGAGGAUUUCAAGCGAAAUACAAAACCCAAACAUCUUCAGUGACGAAUACGCCAUUGAUCGUGCCGACUCCUCACCCGAUCUCAGCCCGAUCGAUUCAAUCGACCGUCAGCCCGAAGAGUUCAACUUAGACCGCACGAGCGAUCCGCGAAGUGACUUGCGAGAAUACCUACCUCCAAGUUUCCCAUUUCCUCGUCCCGGUAUCAAUUCUUCCCUUCCACUUGACAGAAAACUCGACGCCGAGCAAUCCGCUGAAACCCGUCAUACGACCUUCAGCUCAUCCCGGUCGAUGGCAGAUAAUCGACUAUCUACAUCCUCAAGAUUCUCCAUCCCUCGCAGUCAAAGUCCGUAUCGCGGACCAACUGCUCCUAGCCAACCUUAUGGCAUGUACACGCAGAUGACCCGUGCAUCCAGCAUCGCAAGUGAAUCAACGAUAAGACCACAAGAACGACCCCUACCCAAUGGCGGUCCUGAGCAUCCCUAUACCAUGUACCCUCAAAAUACGGUGCCUGAGGAGGACAGUGCCGAGACAAAUGUGCCGAUUGGCUUCCCAGUCCUCGGUACAAGCUCAUCAGGAGAUGAAGUGGGCGAUAUAGUUGGCACUGACGGACAUGUCGAACAACUACCUCCUUACAGCCGGUAUGCCGAUAACGUCAUUGCAAAAGGGGACAUGGCGAGACUAGAACAUGAGGCAGUGAGUCCUGGUCAAGAGUCUGGCACUAGCACUCUACCACCUACCGCUACCACUUCUGCACCAGAUGUAGAACUGACGGCUGUUGGAGCUGGGGCUGCUACGGAUGAAGAGGCCCGGAAGGAAGGAUUCGUAAAAAAGAAACUGAGGCGAACAUGUUGCGGUCUGCCUUUGUGGGUAUGGAUUGUACUGUCUGUGGUUGUUGUUCUAGCCGGGACUUUGGGCGGUGUGAUUGGGGGGGUGGUGGGAAAUCGGAAAGGGUCUCAGCGAGCAGCUGCGUCUGGUGCUAGUUCGACUACGACGGUAUGGCUCGAUGCCGAUCCAGCCUCGACAGGACCCUCGACACCCUCUUGCCCGACGGGGCAUUGGACGGUACCGCUGAACCAAACGGAUCAGAUUGAAGCUUGCGUGGUCGAUCCUCAACUUGGUGACGUCUGGGAUUGUAUGGACAACGCCAAGCUUGGGAUCACUAUCACGGAAACCGACAACAACUCUGGAGCUCCUCUGUCGGUGAUCUUCGACGACUAUUCCGUUCAUCCUUCGCUUUUUAGAUACGGACCGCAGCCGCCUGAUUUCAACGGCAGCUCUUUUGGCUUAGACCCCUUCAUCGACAAGGAUGAUGAUGAACUAGGUGUUGCCUUGUUCUUCAGUACACUGUUCGAUAAGAUCAUUAUUUUACCUAGCGACGCCCUCAGCCCUCCUGGCCCCAAUAAGAAAAGGUCUGUACCAAUGUCGCAAGUCUUGAAAAGAGGUGCAGGAGAUGACAACCCGAAUGAGUCGGACUUCGACCCUGACUGGAUGGGCACCUUGCUCCGCAUUGGGGAUCAACCAUGGUACUGUUUUUGGAACUCUACCAUCAGUGAAGUUUGGAUAUUUUUGACUCAGAACGUGAAUAACACGAGCGCCGCCACCACAGCUGCUCCAUCCAGUGCACCGACAACCUCCUUGGGUAGCUCUGCUUAUGCUGGCUAUGCUAGCCAUUAUUCCAUACCUUCCUCGGACGCAACACAAUCGUACACAGGCCCUGCAACCAAGACCGGCUCCGCUCCGGCUCAGACUACGUCAGAUGGCUGGGAUGGGAUGAGACUCCGACAAAGAGACGGUUUAUCAGACUUUCCCAAAUUGGUCAAAAUGGUGCAGAAGCGCAAACCCGACAACAACGUGCAGCCAUAUUGUCAACAGAUGCAAGUUCUCAACAACUGGCAAAUUAUGCCUAUUCCCACGAUAGCAACCGUUGCGAUUGAAGAGAGCGAGUUUGCACCAGUGUCGACCUCAGCGGCGAGAAGAUUCGUUCGUCGGGGAACAGACACCACACAGCAGCUAGGCUCGAAUUGCGUAUGCGAGUGGUUCAGCGUAUGA